AUGAAGCUCGUUACCGAAGAACAAUUCAAAGCCCACGCUGCUGCCUCCCGUCGUGGAGCGCUCGAAGGCACACUCGUCGGGGGCGGAUUAGGCGUUUUAGCUUCAUAUUAUGGCCAAAGACGAUGGGCCUAUUACCGCUCUCUGCCUCAUUCCCUGAAAAUCCUCGGCAUUCUAUUCGUCACUGCUCCAGCCCUAUCGAUCCAAGCUGAACGAAGAGGGCUCGAGUAUGACCGGUCUCAGUGGGAGGGAGACUCUGCGCGAUUGUUAGAAACACAAGAGCAAGCAGCAAUGGACCGCUGGGAAAAUCUCGGUGCAAAAGACAAAAUUGCGGACUGGGCGCGGAGACACGAGUACAGCAUCAUUGUCGGUGGUUGGGCUCUGAGUUUGGCCCUUGCCGGUGCUAUAAUAUCACGAGAUAGAUACCAAACGACUGCGCAGAAAAUAGUGCAGGCGCGUAUGUGGGCACAAGGUCUCACAAUAGGCAUCAUCCUCACUGCCGCUGGCCUCAAAACAAAUCUCAACAAAGGCGAAUCAGCCAGUCGGCCUAUUCCUGAUCAUUCCUGGAUGGAGGUGUUGGAGCAACAAGAAAGAGACCGACAAGAGGAGGAGCGAAUAAAGGCGCGCGUUACUGGUCGCGUUCCCGAGGCUUCUUCUUGA